AUGGCCACUCUAGGACCCAUCUCCGCAUCAGAAAUAAUAGAGGCGCUCUUAGUGGAACAGAGAGCAUCUGAUGCAAUGGAAUUGCCGAAAGUGCUCAUUCAGGACGUAGAGUCAGAAUCGGGUAGUUAUCAAGAAGCCCGCCAGUCCAAGUACUCCACGAUUUGGGGCAAGGCCAUGUCUGCAGAAUUUGAAGGCCUGUUAAGAGCAGGAACGUUCGCGUUAGCAGAGAAGGCUCCACUAGGCUGUAACAAAAGCGUAUCCGGCCUCAUGGCCACUCUAGGACCCAUCUCCGCAUCAGAAAUAAUAGAGGCGCUCUUAGUGGAACAGAGAGCAUCUGAUGCAAUGGAAUUGCCGAAAGUGCUCAUUCAGGACGUAGAGUCAGAAUCGGGUAGUUAUCAAGAAGCCCGCCAGUCCAAGUACUCCACGAUUUGGGGCAAGGCCAUGUCUGCAGAAUUUGAAGGCCUGUUAAGAGCAGGAACGUUCGCGUUAGCAGAGAAGGCUCCACUAGGCUGUAACGUGAUAAAUGCUAGAUGGGUCUACAAAUGGAAAGCAGAUGAAACAGGCAAGAUAGUGAAGGCCGAGGCCAGGCUUGUAGCGGAGGGUUUCAAGCAGAAGCACGUUGUGGAUUAUCUUGGGACCUUCUCGCCUACUGCAAAUGCUUCAUCGAUUCGCUUGUUGGUAGCAUUGGCGUGCAAGUAUGAUUUGGAAUUUUUCCACUUUGAAAUUGAGCAAGCGUUUGUUCAGUCGGAACUGGAUCACGAGGUGUUCAUGAAGUUGCCUCCUGGCUGCAAGUCGAUGACAGGAAAGGUAGUCCGUAUAGACAAAAGUUUGUAUGGACUGAGGCAGGCAUCUAGAACAUUUCACAAGAGACUAGUGUCGGACCUGAAUUGCAUGGGUUUCGAACAGUCUUUGUCUGACCCCUGUGUUCUUCGUUUCGUGAUGGGAGACGAGGUGUUGGGUAUGAUUGCGAUUCAUGUGGAUGACAUUCUGUAUGCAGGAAUUGAGAGGCUUGCCACGAUGGUUGUGGAAGCGCUAGGUGACUCUCUUCCCACGAAGAAUUUGGGCAAGGUCAGGUCCGUGAUGGAGGAUGAGGGGGCAGGAGAUGUGCCGUUCCGAGAGGUGGUGGGGAGCCUGAUGUGGAUCGCCAACCAGACAAGGCUCGACAUCUCGAAUGCUGUGCGGGCGGUGGCGAGGCACUCACACGAGCCGAAGACAAGCCACCGGAAGGCGGCCCAGAAGAUUCUGAGUUAUGUUCUGGAGACGGCACAUCUAACUUUGAUGUACAAGCAGGACACUAUGGUAGACGUUGGCACGUUGGAGUACGUAGACGCAGACAUCGCCAGUAAGACCACUGACCGUAGAUCGAUUUCGGGAGCAAUAGUUCUUGUAGCUGACUGUCUUGUUGCUUGGAUUUCUAGGACGCAGAAAUGUGUCACACUUUCAACAACUGAAGCAGAGUAUGAUGCGAUGGGUGAUGGGUGUAAAAGAGGCUUUGUUUUUCAACGGAAUGCUCGAGUUCUUGAGGCCUAG